AUGUCUUUAGUUGUCCAACUACUGGGACUUGACAUGGAGCUACAGCAACUUGUUGCAGCGACUGUGAACACUUUUGAUAAAAACGUUGGAGAUAUAAAGGUGUCCAUAGCCUUACAAGAUGACAAUACAGUUCUAGGGGAAGAUGUCAAAAAGAAAGUCUGUCAAAUAAUUGGUUUGAAGCAGAGCAGCCAUGAUUUGUUUUCACUAUUUACCUGUAACUCAAAUGGUGAAAUCUUACAACGUGUUCGAGACACCGAUCACAUAUUUUGUCCUGUGAAAGGUUUGGUGCUAAGAAAAUGGUGCUUUACUCAGAAACAAGAAAGUGAGGUCAUCAAAAAUGAUGGAAUGGCAUGUCAUCUGGUGUUUUCUGAGGCAGAGAAUGACAUUAAAUCAGAGAGACUUGUGCCAAACAAAGAACAAGAACAAAAGCUUGAAGAAUACUUGGAACCAGGAUUCACACUUGAGGAACAAUAUGUAUAUGUAUGUCAGUCUAUGAAGGACUACUUUUCUAUUAGGGUAGACAACUGCACUAUGUCUCUGAAGUCAGAGGAAGAAUUUACCCCUCUAUCCCUCUCUGAACAGCUGGUCAGUGUGAUGUUGUCUUCCGAGGGUGUUGUAGUGGCCACAGGUCAGCAUGCAGUGAUCAUCCCUCUGUUCUGUGUGAGAAGUUGGAGCAUAAACACUGUCUCGAGUCUCAUUCAGUACAAAUACAAGAGCUCUGCUGAUCAAGAUGUUACCUUGUCUUUAGGAUCAAAUCAGUUUCGGUAUUUACAUGCCGGAACGAUGGAAGCUAUUAAGGACUUUCGUCUGGUCAGUGUGAUGUUGUCUUCCGAGGGUGUUGUAGUGGCCACAGGUCAGCAUGCAGUGAUCAUCCCUCUGUUCUGUGUGAGAAGUUGGAGCAUAAACACUGUCUCGAGUCUCAUUCAGUACAAAUACAAGAGCUCUGCUGAUCAAGAUGUUACCUUGUCUUUAGGAUCAAAUCAGUUUCGGUAUUUACAUGCCGGAACGAUGGAAGCUAUUAAGGACUUUCGUGUGAGUACAAAAUUUUAG